AUCCAAAUAAAAACUUCAUAAAAUUCACCAUCACAGAAGCUCAUACAAUGAUGAUCGAAAUAACAAAUGCUUUUUGUAAAACAAUAACAAAUGCUUUUUGUAAAACACAGUUUUCUUAUUGUCUACACUUAAUAUGUAACAUAUACUGACGUGGGACUUUAUUCGUUCAAGUGUAAGAAGAAAAGUCUAGAACAAUUUGUGUAGCAGUAACUCUUAUAUAACAUAAACCUGAGUACUGUCUGUUUACUAUUGUUAUGCCUAUAUAUACAUAUUGGAAAUGUAUCUAUUAGUGCAUUUAUAUAUAAAAAGAUUGAUAUAAAGAAAGGUCUGAGAACAAAAAGGGGUUUUGUGUUUUUGAGAGUUUGAGUUGUGGGAGAGGAAAAAAAUAUGGGAAGGGGUAGGGUUGAGCUAAAGAGAAUAGAGAACAAGAUCAACCGGCAAGUGACCUUUGCUAAGAGAAGAAAUGGACUUUUGAAAAAAGCUUAUGAGCUUUCUGUUCUUUGUGAUGCCGAGGUCGCUCUGAUCAUCUUCUCCAAUAGGGGAAAACUGUACGAGUUUUGCAGUAGCUCUAGCAUGCUAAAGACGUUGGAGAGGUACCAGAAAUGCAACUACGGGGCACCAGAGACGAAUAUAUCCACACGAGAAGCACUGGAAAUAAGUAGCCAGCAAGAGUACUUGAAGCUUAAAGGACGUUACGAGGCACUACAGCGAUCACAGAGGAAUCUUCUUGGUGAAGAUCUUGGUCCUUUGAACGGCAAAGAUCUUGAAUCACUUGAGAGGCAGCUUGAUAUGUCACUGAAGCAGAUCAGAUCAACUCGGACUCAGUUGAUGUUGGAUCAACUUACAGAUCUUCAGAGAAAGGAACAUGCAUUGAACGAAGCCAACAGAACCUUGAAACAAAGGUUGAUGGAAGGAAGCCAGCUAAAUCUGCAGUGGCAGCCAAAUGCACAAGAUGUGGACUACGGCAGGCAAACAACUCAAACUCACGGAGAUGGCUUCUUUCAUCCUUUGGAAUGUGAACCCACUUUGCAAAUCGGGUACCAGAAUGAUCCCAUAACAGUAGGAGGAGCAGGCCCCAGUGUGAAUAACUACAUGGCUGGCUGGUUGCCUUGAUAGCUCAUGAUUCUGAUAAGAUCAUUAUAUAUAUGCCCAAUGGUUUUCCUAUCAUAUACAUUAAAUCUCAUAAUUUCUGUAUGUUUGAGAAGACGUUUCAUUCUGAACUAACUGGGGAUCCAUAAGACAAUCCCGUUAUUGUUAUUAGUAAAUCAUAAACUAGAUUUCCUUGA